GGGUGAGGGCGAGAGGGUCAGAAUGGGGAGCUUGCGCACUAUUCAGUCUAGCUCAGGCCUGCGGCCGGGCUUGUGCUGCUGCUCGACCCUAAAUCACCGCCGGCAUGCAUCAGGGAGUGCCCGCAAGCUCGGCGGGUGUGCGCUUUCAUCACCACCACCAUCACCACGGGCCGUCGUCUCAGCACCUGCAUCACCAUCAGCAGCAACAGCCAAGGACACCGCCGAGGGGUCUAUGCGAGAAGAUCGAGAAUUACAUCGCUGAACUUGGACAGUGGGCGGUAUGGAGGGCGAUAAUAAUGGGUCAAUUCCUGGCGCUCGUGCUCUGCUUUAUGACGCUGCUCAACCACCACAUCAAUGCCACAUCGCGCAUAAACCUGCCGACGGCCCAAAAUUUGCCGCACUACGUGAUGAUGCUGCUGGUCUACACGACGUGGAUGUCCUGUCGAGGUGCCGGGAACGGCUUGUUCUCCGUCAUCAGAGCUCGAGGCUGGAGGUACCUUCUCCUUGCCCUGAUCGACGUCGAGGCCAAUACCCUCAUCACCUCGUCCCACCAGUUUACCAGUCUCGCCAGUAUCCAACUGCUGGACUGCGUGGCCAUACCCGUAGCCUUGGCAUUGUCCUGUCUGGUUCUGGGGGUGAGGUACCGCAUGGUCCACAUCGUCGGGGUCUCGGUCUGCCUCAUGGGAGUCGGCUGUCUCGUCUGGGCCGGCAUCGAGGAGAACAAGGACAUGGCCAGCACGGGUAAAAAUCAACUGGUCGGCGACAUGCUGUGUCUGGGAGGUGCGGUGCUCUUCUCGAUCAUCACCGUAUUACAAGAACUCGCUGUCAAGUCCAUCGACAUCAUCGAGUACCUUGGGAUGAUGGGCUUCUUCGGGACCAUCCUCUGCGGUUCUCAGAUAGCCGUUCUGGAGAGGGUACAGAUCGAGAGCUUCCACUUUGACAACGUGCUGAUAAUGACCUUCCUGGUGGUCUACUGCAUAACGCAGUUCGUGUUCUACUCGCUGGUACCGGUGGUCCUGUACGAAACCGGUGCCACCUCGCUUCAAUUGGCUCUACUCACGGCCGAUUUCUUCAAUAUCCUCUUCGGCAUGUUGAUACACCAGUACAAGUUCCACACGUUAUAUUUCCUCUCUUACAUCCUGACCAUGACCGGCAUAUACAUCUACGCUAUCAAGCGGACGCCAAUGUCGUCGGGUUCGCGAAGGCAACACGCCGAGCCCACAGCUCCGGAUUACAGUGACAUUAUUUUAAGACACAUGGCGCAUCCGGACAUCGGCGAGGUUGAGCUGGCCACAAGCUCGGGUGGCACCCUGGACAUGCGAACCUCGACUCUGGGAAGCGAGCGCGAGACCAUGGACGCCACGUCGUUACCGCUGAGCGUCAGCUCGGACACGGCCUUCACCUCGUUCUACGGAAGCCAGGCCAACCUGAAACCUAGCCGAUCGACCGCAAGGAUACCAUCGAACGCGAAUCUGCACGACGGCAGCGCCACCAUGCGGUCAUCCUGAUGCGCCACGCCCAGGUAGAGGAUCAGCGAUCGCGAUCGGUACUACGUCUGAUCGGAAAGGUCAACUGGUCAAAGGUAUAUGCGUAUGAUAUAGGCAUGUGUGUGGAAAUGGGUCACAGUUCGAACGCAAGUUCGAUCGUUAUACUUGGAUCAAACGAUGUGGGAGUUGAUUUUUUUCAACGCUGUGGAUUAUUUUAAAUUGUUCUCAUUCCACAAAAUAAUGCAGAUUACAAGAGCGUGUGCGGCUCGCGGAGAAAUUAUGUGUACGAUUAUAAUACUUGUAAUUUGUAUCGGCCUAAAGAAAAUCCAUAAAUCGAGCCGCGUAUUUAAAAUUUCAAGCAGCACAGGUUCGAUCAAAACAGAAAAUUGGUUGAUGCUAUUAUAUCUUUUCAGUAUGCGAAAGAUUAUUUUUAUUUUUUAACUCUAAAUUAUGCGCAUGAAAUAAAUUAGAUAAAUAUUGCAUAGUUUGUUGCUAUCUAAGAACAGUAUCACAUGUAGGUAUGAGCUCGUAAAUGAAAAUUAAAAAUGAGCUAUUGCCUAUACUAAUUUAUAAUUAUACUUUAAUGAACUAAAAAUCUUGUAACCUGCAAAUAUAUAUUUAUAAAUACAUAGAUUAGUGAUUGAAAUGCCAAAAGAAAGGUCUAAUAUUAUAGAAGAUAAUAGCAUGGCUAAAAUAUGUCAGUUUUCUUAGUAGGAAUAAAGUACUUUUUGAUACUAUACAAAUUUAACUUGAAAAUUAAUUGCCAAAUUGAAAUUUACAACAUAUAUGCUUUGUAAAAUGUAUAGAUUGAAUAAAAUGUGACGUUGUGAUAAGGUAUUCAAGUAAAUAGUAAAUUAAGCAAACUUAUCAAUCAAAUGUACUUCAAAAACAUUCAAAUCAACUUGGUUAUUUAUAUUCACAUGCCACUCAAGUUGCCAACAAUUAAAAUGAAAAUUUUUAUUUUCUCUAAGCCAUAAGAUGUAUUUACAAAACAAAUAAAAUUAUAACAGUAUCGAUCACAAAUAUUAUAAUUAAAAAGGAAAAGAAAGACAAUUACUUUUCUUUAUUUCUGUGAUAAACGAAACAUUUCUAAAAUUGCUUAUUGUGAAAAUAAUGGAACGCGGAAACGAAUUUUUUAAAAGAAACGAUGGCGCUACAAACAAGUGAUUAUUUUGUUGCAUGUGUAUAUAAUUUAUGAUUUUUAGAAAUUUUCAAUGAAACAUAGCUAAAAUUUAUAUGAUUACUAAAUCAUUAUCGCAGUAUGGACAAUGAUUUAUUUCUCCGAAAGUUUGUGAUAAAUAGAUCUUUCAUGUAUAAUAGUAAUUUUCAAUCUCCCUAAUUCGAGUAAGUUAUAAUCGUAAUAAAAGUAAAACAUUUCUAGAAUAGAUUAGGCAGUAGGUACAAUAUAUAUAUAUAUAUAUAUAUAUAUAUAUAUAUAUAUAUAUAUAUAUAUAUUAAUACUUCCAAUACUUACUAUAAUAUACUCUAAAAUGAUGAGGGCUAAAUUAUAAUUAUAUUGCAUAAGAAAAACUUGUAAAGACUGAUAUAAUAGAUAUUAUUUGUAACAAUUGACCGAAAUUAUAGCAGAAGUAAUUUAUUUUUAAUGUUAUACACCAUGCUCUUCUUUCGAAUACAUUUUUAUCCAUUCAUUUGAAUUCCUAUACAAAAUCUAUAUGGAAUUUCACGAUGAACAACAAAUUCAUCUUUACCAUCUGAAUUUUUUCUCUAGAAACUUUGAAACUAUUUGAAACGACAAUGUUAUAUAAUAUUAGUAUCAUUAAAUUAGUUCUGCUAUGAUGAUGCUUGUAAUAAUUCCUAUCAUAUGUAUAUGUGUAUUAAAAUUGUAUGUUAAAAAGCAAUAAUGCACGUGAAUUAAGAAAUCGUAAAACGUAAAACAUAUACUUAGUUUAAAAAAAAAUAAACAAUUUUUUUUAAAUUUGUAAUAGAAGUUAUUGAAAGAAUGAGAUUGCAAGCAAUUGACAGGAUCAUUCGUAUGAGUGAAAAAAAAUUUGCUACAAUGGAAAAAAAAAAAAA